UAAAAUAAUACAUUAUCCUGUACACCCUGUAGUUUUCAAUAGCUCCGAGUACGUGUUAUUUCACUGAAACUGAACCCAGCGUGAACAUUCAGAUUAAAGAUAAUUUAGCGUAAGCUUUGCUUCAUAUUGUCCGUCCCACCAGUUAUAAUCUAUACCUGGAGUUAACUAUUCGUUCCACCAGUUAUGAUUUAUACCCAGAGCUAACUACUAGUUUUGAUCUAUACUAUCCAACCUACCACUUCCAAUCAAACCCCCAGGGCUAACAUCCUUCUCACCAGUUCUAAACUCAACGGAUCGUCCAACUAGUUCUAAUCUCAACCUAUAGCUAUGGUCCACUAUUCCAAGUACUUCUAAUAUAAACCAAAAUACACCAUCCAUUUUACUAACUCUAUUAUGUAUUGAGUUAGUUAUCCGAUACCUGAACCUGCACUGGAGCAAGAUAUCGUCAGAUCAAUCUAACCCAAGCCAGCUGCUUAGUUUGCCAUCUAAACCCAUAAGCAACAAUUUGCUUCACCAGUUCUAAUUUGAACCCGAAUCUGAUUAUUGGCCUUAGCAAUUCGAACCUAUCUGUACGUUCUCCAGAGAGGCUAGCUCUCCGUCAGUUCAAUUAUAAUCAGAGUGAUUAUUCGUCCUACCCAGUUCCAAUCAAGAGCUAAUUUUCCGUCCUAUCAGUUCCCAAGAGCUUUUCAAAACGUACAAAGAGCUAUCUCUCCAUUCUACCAAGUUUCAGUCUAUUCCAUGAGCUAACUAUUCGUCAGACCAGUAUCAAUCUGAACCCAGAGAUAACUUGCCGUCCUUCCCGGUUCCAAUCUAAACCCAGAGCUAACUAUCCGUCCUACCCAGUUCCAAUCUAAACCAAAAUCAGAUCAUCCGUCCUAUUACCGCCUUUCAAGUUCGAAUCUGUACUAAAAAUCCGUUCUGACAGUUCUAACCUUGAGAAUUAACAUUGCACCCUGGCCUGCAAGGAAAUCUGCUCCUGGAGAUGAAGGCCUGUAAACCUUUGAUCCUUCCUCUAACCCGGAUACAGCUUAAACUGAACAGAGAAUGGAAUAAGAUGAAGAAUAGAGAUCUGGAAUUAUCAUAUGAAUGGUCGGAUUCAGAGACUGACGAUGAACCGGAAGAGCCAAUGCCAGCUACCUUUAAGAAGGUUCUAAGAGAGCGAAGUACUGGUCCCACUAAACGAGGAAGGACGGAUAAUCAAGAGGAGGAAAGAAGAUCUGAACUAGAUUCCAUUCCCAGGAAAAUGAUGAAAAGAGCAGACAUUAGCAACAAACAUAACUUUUCAGUGGCAGGAUCUUCACAAAAUUCCACAGAAAGUUUGAAAAUGAAGUUCCAGGGACCAGAGAUGAUUUCUGGGGAAACAUUCCAGGGCCCAGAAAGGAGUCCUGGAAAGUCUUCUUCACAUUUGAAGGAAAAAGGAGAAGGGAAGGAUAGGAUAAGCCUUGAACCCCUUGACAGUUGCACUCAUGGCGAGUAGUUCAGUCAGAAUAAAGACAUUAAACCAAAAAAAGGCU